AUGGAUGAGGAUGUGAUGGAAAGUAAGCAUGCCGAUUCCUAUAUCAAACCUGAUGAUCUUAUAGGAAAGACAGAGGUUACUUCAGAGCAUGUGUUUAAAGAGGUUUCUCUCCUUGAUACUCAUGCUAAGGGUUCCUCUGCACACUCAAAGGAAGUUGUCACUGAAGAGAAGCCACCAACUCCAACUGAAAAGAGGAAGCCUGAAGAUCAAGAAGUCAUUGAAAAUAAUGAGCCAAUCAAACGCCAGCGCCUAUGGAACAAGGAUGCUGUCAAUAUUUCUGAUCAACAAGCAUCCAAAAUAACUAGUACUGGUACUCAGAAGGAAGUUAUUUGUCCUGCUCCGGAACGUUCUUUUGGCAGGCCCAAUACAAUAGCAAGAAGAAAUUCUCCAAAGGAGCGGAUUGUACCACCUGCCAAAACAUCAGCAACAACUUCGUUAAGAAUUGAUCGGUUUGUGCGCCCAUUUACUCUGAAAGCUGUGCAAGAACUUCUUGGUAAAACUGGAUCUGUCUGCAGCUUUUGGAUGGAUCAAAUCAAGACCCACUGCUACGUCACAUACUCUUCAGUGGAGGAAGCUGUGGCUACGAGGAAUGCUGUCUACAACCUCCAGUGGCCCCCAAACAACCACAACUAUUUGAUCGCUGAAUUUGUCGAUCCAGAAGAGGUAAAGCUCAAACUUGAAACUCCUCUGCCAUCUCAAGUGCCGAUCAGUCCGAGCACAGUUGCAGCACCGCAGGCAGCAACCUUCCAACAGCCAGAGGCUAACCAAACCCUAGUACCUCCCCAUGCUCCUGCUACUUCAAGGGGUUUGUUGCCCACUCCAGAACCAUUUGCCAAGCUGCCUCCUACCUCUGACCCUGGACCAGCAAGGGAGAGCCUUCCUCCCCCUCCUCCAAUGAAGCUGGAACCUGCCCGGACACUGGAUGAACUCUUCAAGAAGACACAGGCGUACCCAAGGGUUUACUACAUGCCACUGUCAGAAGAGGAGGUAUCUGCUAAACGUGCAGCUCACGACAAUGUUAGUGUUAUAUUUUCGAUCAUGGAUUCAUGGUACGUCUGGGAUGUUGGAAUUUGCACUUGCAACACCUGCGGAUGCUACUCAAGGCCUGUUUGA